AUGGUGGCAAAGGGGGCACAAGAUGACGGCGCUGCCUCAAGAGGUAGUGGUAGGUCACUGGUGAUGGUGUCACUUCAAGACAUAGUGGGCAGGCCGUCGGAGGAUGGUGCUGCCUCAAGAGGUGGUGGCAGACCACCAGAGGAUGGCACUACUUCAAGAGAUGGUGGCGGGCCAUUAGAGGAUGGCGUUGUUGGAGUGUUGGUUCCUUCCAACGACGCCAUCGGAUGUAUGGGGCUAUGUGGUUGUUCCGAUGGCUCACCCACCUUCUUCUUCGUCAUGUGUGGUUAG